CUCGGUGCUGAAGUUGGGCGGAUGGACGGAAAACACCGCUGAUGGAGAUAAAACGGCAGCAUGCAAUCUCAACGCGCGAUACCCCCGAUAUCCGCAUAAACGCGUGUAACGACACCCUUUUAGAAGACUGACACCUAGAACUAAAGGGAUGUCUAAUCCUGGAUCAUUUUGCCCUUGACUCAAGGAAAGGGUGUGCCUGCAAACAGGUGUUCGAAACCUACCUCCAUCCACCUCCUGUGUUCUCCAUCAGGCAUGAUAAGAGAAGUUACAAGAGGCCACUACUUGUAUUCCAGCACUCUGCCCGUCACAACUUUUGACAUUACCGCCAUGAUUUUCUUACCUGAUCUCUGGAUGAAUAGCUGCUAAUUUGCAUGCCUCAGAGUGUGAGUGGAGUUGAAAUGAGGAAAAGGCAGCAGGGACACAUUGAAGGAUCCCCACAGGCGCCAGGUCACCCGAGGCCUAACACCUGCUGUCUGUGCUGGUGUGGAUGCUGUAAAUGCCUUUGGAAUGAAGACAGAAGGGAGCGCUCAGAAAGGCAAACUUGUACAAAGAUGGACAGCAUUGAAGCAACAGAGGAACCGCAUCCCACACUGGAUGAAGUGAUUGCCUGGUCACGGAGCUUUGAGAUGGUGAUGCGCUCUCCAGAGGGGAGGGAUGUUUUCCGGGAGUUCCUGCGGUCUGAGUACAGUGAGGAAAACCUGAUGUUCUGGAUUGCCUGUGAGGAACUGAAGAAAGAAUCCAACCCAUCGGCUAUUGAUGAAAAAGCCAGGAUCAUAUAUGAGGACUAUGUCUCCAUUCUUUCACCAAAAGAGGUCAGCUUGGAUUCACGGGUGCGGGAAUGCAUCAACCAAAGCCUGGCAGAACCCAACAAUUUGAUGUAUGAGGAGGCCCAGCUCCAGAUCUACACCCUCAUGCACAGAGACUCCUUCCCCCGAUUCCUCAACUCAUCUGUUUACAGGGAUCUCCUUAACAGCAAGAGAGCCUGCUUAGACACCUAGCUUUCAGCAAGAACACUUGAGACAAAAAAGCCCCAAGGUGCCACUUUAUAAAGGUGUGAUGUUUCUUAUUUGAAGAGUGAGUGGUUAAGCAAUUCUGAGCAUCCACUAGUGACCCUGAAGUUCAGUUCUGUUUAAGUGCCAAUAUGAGCUGCUCAGGCAACUGUGACACAGACAAACAUGUAGGAAAACAGACCGAUCCAUGCUUCCUACUCUCAACUUGUGUUUUCAUCCACCUGUUUUGUCUCUCUUUAAUCCUCAAAGCCUUUCUCUUCUCUCUUCUUGUUUACCUCACUAUCACCUUUCUCUUUCUCUCUUAUUCCCAUAUUCUUGCUACCUGAUCCUUUCCAUCUUUUAUGCCUCAUAUGUUUGAGGACAGCUGAAUAAUGUUUUUUACAGAAAAACAAAUGGAAACGUGGUAGACGUUAAGCUAUACUCAAUCUUUGCAUGACACAAGGUUAUGGAAUUUACUCCAGUUUGACAAUUAAGCCCGGACUACAAUGUUUUUUUAAUUAAAAAUGUUUUAUAUGCUGUCAUGGGGAUACAACAUUGUAAAGCUCUUGUAAGCGAAGGGAAAAUUAGCUGUGCCAAUUGUUUUUUUAAAGAGAAGCUGGAAAGUGUAAUCGCCGUCUUGCCAUCUAUACUCUACUUUUUUUUCUUUUCUUUUUUUAAUGCGUGUUGACAGUUCUUUAACUGGGAAACAUAAGGGCUAGCUAGUAGUGUUGUGAUUGGGCAGCUAAAUGAAUCAUGAACAUUUCUUUCUCUCUGCAAAAAUCACAAUGCCUCAACACUGAAUAAGGGCACAAAAGCUGCUGAUGCUGGUGACAACACAUUUUAUUGUGUGAGUUGUCCUAGCCCCUCCCAGUCCAUUGCUAACCAAGAGAAGCACAGGUACUGUAUGUCAUGGGCUGGAAGCUUCGCUGAAUUGAAAAAGAAUUGAUUGAAAAUAACUCACUAACGUUCUGGAGGUUCUUCAGAGAACUUAGAUUGUCUUACACAUUAAAUACAUUUAUUUUAUUAAAGAAAAGUGUAGUGAAAACUAUGCUUUGUUUUUGAGAGUUAAACUUGCUCUACUUAAAAUAACUGUGAUAAAUGAGAACUGCUCAUCGAUACAUUUUUCUCAGAGGUGGCGUUACGGUUUGGUGUAAAAUGUCUUUGCGGACUGUUUUGUGUCAACACAAGAUGGUUGGAUCCAUCAGCAAAGCUUUUGAGGAAAAGUUUUCUGUGCCUCAGAUUCGAAAUGAACGUCCUUGUUUAGUUUUGUGACUUUGCCGUUUUAAUCUUGCUAAAAUACGGAGCAGUUUUAGUCAUUUUCAGACUCCGACAAACAGCAGGUUUACAAAAAGAAAGUAAAUCAUUUUAUAAUACGUAUUCCAGCAUGUGUUUAUUUUGUUGUGUCACGUACACUUUGCAAUACUCAACCUAAAUAUGAUGUGAACCACUGUGGCUAGCAUCAUGUUAAAGACACUAUUAGGAUGAUUUGCUUAAGAGGUUUAGACUUGUGUCCCUUAAGAAUGACAGCUUUUUCAGCUCUGUGUUGUUGGAUUCAAACUUGAAUGUUGCUGUAAAAUGUUCUAGACAUUUUUGUGCUAUUGCAAUUGCAGCAGCCAGUGCAUGGUAACACAGUAUUUUAAAUAAUAGUGUGUUAAACCACUAUCUUACCUUUUAGCCGAGUAAUUCAAGAGUGAAUUGCAUUUAAACAGACUUUUUUUUUGGUCACGAUACCCAACCUCAAAAUGUCACUUUUCUCCUGAAAUAUUGUGCCAAUGAAUUAACAUUUGUUGAGUAAAUACUGAUCAAGAGUGUUAUUGUCGGGUUUUCUUAUUGGUACUCUGAGAGUUAAGUGCCAUUCACUCUGCAGGUUAACCAGAUUAAAAAGAAGACCUUUGUCGCUUUACCAGGUGCAUAGAUAUCCUUCUUUGAAAUAUCAGUGUAUUUGAGCAUCAGCCAAUGUAGGUCUUUGAUUAAUGUUGCUAUACAAAUAGAAUAGGUGUGACCUAGUAGUUUACAACAUUUAAGCAGCGAACCAUCAUGGGAAGCUUGGUUUUCCCACAUUUCUAAAACAAAUUAAUGACAUUUUCUUGUUUGUUUUAAAAUAAAAAAAAUGUAUGUAAUUAAAGUAAUGAGCAAUAAAUUAUUAUCAUCUUGCUCUAAAACAGAAAGACCCUGCAUGCCACAUGGACAAAAUAAGUGUCUCCGUGAAAAUGGAAAGUGAUGUAUUUAUUCAUUUUUCUACAACUAUUUCAAACAGUUUAUGACAGAUAUCUGUAUGGUCCAAUAUUCUGCGAACCGUUAGACGGGGAAAAGUGGUAUAGCUGAACGAAUGUGUUUUUACGAUUUUUAUGGGUCACUUAAAAGCAGACAUGUAUCAGUUUUGUUUAAAAAAAAAAUAAUUAACAAUGGAGAUAAUCGGGAUUUGUUUAUCUUAAAUGAUGAGUUCAGAAAUGUUUAUACCUGUAAGGUAUUUUUCAAAAAAUCCUUUCUCAAUAUUGACUAAUAAUUGAGGCACAUAAGGCAAGGAAAUUAGUCCAGUAUUAUACUAUCUUUCGUUGCAGGCAAAUUGUCAGUGUUGUGGGAUCAUACUUAGAUAAUACUGUAAACAUAUCACAAACCAAGUCAUAAAACUAUUAUAUGUGAUUCCAUGAGUUUAUGAUUGAUAUUUAGCUACUGCCACAAAGUAUUUAUAUAACAAAUAAUUUUUUUAAUGCUUCUAUCUGUCAAUGGAACGUUUACCAGAGAAGAGAUCCUAUAUUUAAUCUUUUUGUUUUGACAUCUUGCACCUUUUUGAGUGUGAUUCAAUGUUCUGUAAAUUACAACAAAUUCUGACAUUAAAAUGAGUACAGAUUAGCCUAUACAAAAACAGUCAAUGUAAAAUGUUGUCCCAUUUACAAAUAACCAUUAUCGUGUGAGUAGUUAUCUAUUUUAAAUGACAUUUUCUUCAUUUAUGCUGCUAAUGAUCCAUCAGACUAUAGGAGGGAGUUUAGGAGUUUAGCGAACAGCUGUUAUACGAGCAUUGUCUGCAUGGACAGUGUCUCUUUUUUGAAGACUUUGAUGUUGGUUUUCCACUACCUCUCGUUUUUCUCAUCUAGUUGUUAAUAUUAAAUGUUUAUUUUGAUCUACUUGAAGCCUAAUACUGUAAAUGAGAUGUACGCAGGUAUACUGAGGGUUUAUGACGAGAAGCAAUUUCUUUUGUUUGUUUUUUUAAUUCUUUUCAGCAGAAUUAUGAUAUAUACUUACAAAGAAUUCAGGAAACAUACUAUUUAAGGGCUAAUCCCAUAUUGCCUAUGCAAAUAUCGUAAUUGUCAUAUUGGAAUAUUUAGUGAUUGGGUGGAACACUGGUUAACAUUGCCCUUUUCUGAUAUUCUUAAG